GUGUUUGGCUGCGUUAUGAAAGGGAGGAAAAUUGUAGUGUGGAAAUUGUGUGAAAAGCGUCGUCGUGUGUUAAAGUGAAUUAUUUUCUUGUGUGAUUCGAAUGUUUCGGAAUUUGCCGCUCUAUUCCGGCAAUUUAUUGCUAACUUUGGACUAUUUCACACAAUAUUUUGUGAAAAUCUAACGUGCUGUAAGUUUUAGUUAGUGAAAAAUCCUUUCUGUUGAAAUCAACUUUAAAUGGUGCAUAGGUCGCAAUAUAGGAUAUAAACUGUAAAGAAAACUCUUUUCCUGUUACCUUCCAUAAAAAAAUCAUUUUUUAGUGCAUUAAUUCCACAAGCGUGCCGAAAAAGGAUAUAUUUAUUGUGGAUUUGUGAAAAAAAAAAUAUUGCAGAAAUAAACAGUGUCACCCAAAGCAUUCAGAAAAUACUAUGGGAUAUAGCACAUUAUGACAAUAAUAAGAUUUAAUAUCGAAUCAGCAUUGUAUUUCGUGACUUCAACAUGAGUUCACGUCACGCUCUUUACACCGUCGAGGUGGGUGAUACUAAAUUCACAAUCCUGAAGAGAUAUCAGAAUUUAAAGCCCAUAGGUUCUGGAGCCCAGGGGAUAGUUUGCGCUGCUUACGAUACAGUGACCCAGCAAAAUGUGGCGAUCAAAAAGCUGUCGAGACCAUUUCAGAAUGUCACACAUGCCAAAAGAGCCUACAGGGAGUUCAAACUUAUGAAAUUAGUCAAUCACAAAAAUAUCAUUGGUCUGCUAAAUGCAUUCACGCCACAGCGCACACUUGAAGAAUUUCAAGAUGUCUAUUUGGUCAUGGAACUUAUGGACGCAAACCUGUGUCAGGUUAUCCAGAUGGACUUGGAUCAUGAACGAAUGUCAUAUCUACUAUAUCAAAUGCUGUGUGGGAUAAAACAUCUCCACUCGGCGGGAAUAAUUCACAGAGAUUUGAAACCAUCCAACAUUGUGGUAAAGUCCGAUUGUACAUUAAAAAUCUUAGACUUUGGAUUGGCUCGCACAGCUGGUACAACAUUCAUGAUGACACCGUACGUUGUCACACGAUACUAUCGAGCACCAGAAGUGAUUCUUGGCAUGGGAUAUCAUGAGAAUGUGGACAUUUGGUCCGUUGGCUGUAUAAUGGGUGAGAUGAUUCGUGGUGGGGUUUUAUUUCCGGGAACAGACCACAUUGAUCAGUGGAAUAAGAUUAUUGAACAACUGGGCACACCUUCAGCAUCAUUUAUGGCGCGCCUUCAGCCGACUGUUCGCAAUUACGUGGAGAAUCGACCACGAUACACUGGCUAUCAGUUCGAUAAGCUCUUCCCGGAUGUCCUCUUUCCGAGUGACUCAAGUGAACACAGUCGCUUGAGGGCGAGUCAGGCUCGAGAUCUCCUCAGCAAGAUGCUUGUCGUUGAUCCUGAGCACAGAAUUUCAGUUGAUCAAGCUUUAGUCCAUAGUUACAUUAAUGUCUGGUAUGAUGAGAGUGAGGUGAAUGCGCCGGCUCCUGGUCCAUAUGAUCACAGUGUCGAUGAACGUGAGCACACUGUUGAGCAAUGGAAGGAACUCAUUUAUCAGGAGAAUCAUGGAUCAGAAGCAAAACACACAAGGAAAAAAGAUCUUGGUGAAACUUAAGAGGGCAUUUGGCGGAGAGGCAAACAAGACACGUAAAGCUAUUGUAUUUUAAAUUAUAAAUUACCACCUAAAGUAAGUUUAUUAAUUGUAAAAACAAAAAAGAAAAAAAAACAAAAGAAAACAAAGAAUUCAGAAGCGACUUCACUUUGUUUUCAGUCAUCCAAGAAGUUUGAACAAAAUGCAAUGGUUUCACGUUUGAAACACAAGAAUAGGACAUUUAAUUAAAAAAGAUGAAAAGUUAAGAACGAUCUUUUCCAGCAGACUAUUGUUAAUCAUUUUGGAAUUUCUUCAGAUGGGCGUAAUUUUCUUUUAUAAAAAAAGUACUAUAUUUUGCAAGAAGAUAGUGUUGAUUUUCCUGAGAAAGAUGCAUCGGAAAAAACAAGCCACGCCUUCUGCAAUGGCUAUGGGUUAUCAAAAAAUAAAUUUUUGUUUUGCCAAUGCACUGUUCAAGAAGCCGAUAAUAUACAAAUAUCUGGAACGGCUAUUUCUAUUAACUUCCUCAAAGGUAAAGAAAGUAGUCCUGCCCAUUGAUAAUUUAACCACGCCUUUUAGAAAACUUACAAGGGCGUAUACUUCAUAUUAUUAAGCCCCACCCUUUUUCUGCAUUGUUCCUAAGCAAAUUUCUUAUUUUUAUUCGUAUUGUCGUAAAACUGUUUGAAAUAAAGAAUAACAAAAAACGCCACGCCCCUUCUGAAACUCCGCCUUUAGAAUUUUUAUCCUCGUUAGAAAAGAAUGGAGAAUAAGACAAAUAAGUUGAUUCCUCGCCCCUUCUGAUGCCCCGCCCAGUUGUACUUAUUCAAAGUCACUAAUAUUAGGACCCCUGUGAAUCAGUGAAGGUCUCAGGUUUAAGACUGAUCAACUUCAGAUUUUCUUUCUAUUGUACCCUCGGUUUUGCAUACGUCCAGUGCUUAAAUGAAAAUAAUACUGAUAAAUUAUUUCCAUUUACAUUAAUUAUUUUGUGGAGGUGUGGUCUAUUUCUUCAUCAGUAGGGGACCUUUUGAACUACGUUUAAUAUUACACUAUCACCAAGAAUAUUAAGCCUGAGCAGUAUUCUAACCCUUCAUUAUUCAGUUUUGAAAAAGAAAAAAGAUACCUUUUUGAAAGGGGCGUGGCCUAAAAUUAUACUCUAUUGAAGCUUGCUUGGGACAUUCAGUAAAAUUUUCCCGCAAAGUAUAAGACGUAAGAUAAGAAACUACGCUCAUCUGAAGUUACACCAUUAUUUUAUUUACAACAAAAGAUUAAAAAAAAACUCAAAAAGUCAAAUAGUAAUAUUUAAAAUACCAAUAGAAUUCCUGAUGAAAAUAAAAAAAGUAUACUUCUUUGGUGAAUAGAAAAGUAAUUUAAAAUAAAAAAAAUCAGUGCAAUAGAAAAGGAUGAAAAAUCAAUAAUUGAUAAUAAGAUUAACACACAGUUUGUAUUAAUGAAGAUGAAAAUAAUUAUAAAUGUGAUUUUAUAGUGCAACAGUGAUUAUAGUAAGAAAAAAAAGAUAAAUAAAAAGUAUCUGCGGUGAAUGACGGAAAUCAGCAACUUUUAAUAAAUUCUCAAAUUAGAGCAAAAAAAAAUAAAAGGUGAAUUCCAUAGACAGUAAAAAACAAUUCAAAUCUUUCGUAAAAAAAAUACUAAGGAUAAAAAAAUGUAGUCCUAUUUUGAGGAAAGGAUUUACUUACUUUAAAUAUUCAUAUUGUGGCAUUUGCAUGGUGAGGAAUUUGUACUGAUUGCAUUUUGGUGAAGAAAAUUUUAGGUAUGUCCUGGUCACAUUGUCCAAAAUAUAUUUGGAUCAUGUGGACUGAGCAUAAAACUGAACGAUUGAUUUUAAUUGAGGCCAAUACGACAAUCAGGCGUCCAAAUAAUUCAAUAUGGCCACGAAAUAUUUGAAAAAAAUAUGAAAUUCUUAGCCCAGAAUGAGAACACAAUUAAUGAGUAUUCAGUCUUAUACAAAAUAAAAAGCAAGAAAAAUACUUUACAAGAUAUAGUAGCUUCAAUUCUGGAAAUCCGAUCAAGAUGGAUAUCAAGUGAUAAACAAAAAUUUUGGUAUUUCAAUGUUAUGAAAUAAUAAAAUAUUCGUUUUAGAAUUGUCAUUCGAAGAUGAUCGAGGAAAGUUCGAAUUAUUAAAAAACAAUUCUAAUGAUAAAUGAAAAACUAGUUUUUUUUCAGAUUCCAUAAACAAUCAUUUUGAAGAGUACUUUAGUCCAUUGUCGUAACUGAUGGAUAUCAAAUAUUAUCCAAAAAUAACCAUUUUUUUAUCUUUUUGUAGUAACUUACUUCAGAAUUAAGCUUAAUUUCUUACGUACUGUAAUAACUUUCCCGAUGUCAUUAUAAUUUAUACCGUACCAAUUCGAAGGUCUAUUGAGGAGAACUUACCUUAAAAACUCGUUAGAAGUUCGAAAAUUUAAACCGACGAGUUGCACGGAAGUGAAUAAAUUCAUGAAAAUUUAAGUGAUUUGCUAUCUUGAUAGUCCACUAAACAAAAAUUCACUUUUUGCAAGUAUAACCAGUGUUGUCUAAGUUGUUGACUAUUAAAGUGUUAAGAGUUCCGAAAAUUUGAAAUGGAAGAACAGCAAGCGCUGAUGUGGCGAAUAUGUUAACCUCUACUUUAGACUUCCAAUAGAUUUUCGAAUAGGUUUUGCUUGGGUUUGUAGUCGCUUUGUGGAGAUUAUUACUGAACAGAGCCAUCCUGAAACAAAAUCGAAAUACUUCGAAUUGUAAAAUGAAGUUCGAACAGCCGGGAGAGUCAAUUUAUUUUAAAAUAAUUCGAAGCAAAAAAUAUCAGUAAUUAAUUUUUUAUUUCUUUUGGUUUUAGUAAAACAAAAAUUAGUGAAAAAUUAUGCAAACUACUAAAAAUAAAGGAAAUAUUUUAAAUUGAAUAUUCUAUUGUUAGGGCUCAAGAGAAAAACAUUUUAACUUCAAUUUUUAACUUCCGGAAGAUCUUCUAAUGGAUGUGACAAUGUUUGUGAAUUUUUGAAAAUUUAUUGUAAGAUUACUAAAUGGAAUUAUAUAAAAAAAUCAGCAUUUGUAAAAUUUCUCAAUUUUCAUUUUGUUAAAUCAAAUAAAGAAGACUUCUUCUGAUUUUGAUACUCAGUUUUAUCUCUCUAUUUACUGUUUGAACUCAAAGAAAGAACAAUAUAAAUAUAAUCUGAACCUUUUUAUAAACUGUUUCCUGUUUUUUUUUUUCUUUUGUAUAAUAUUUAUCUGUUCUUGGAAUUAAUUCACUUGAAAUUAAACAAUCUGAUCUUAAGCUGACUUAGUGUACUUUUCUAAAAUAGACAAAGAAAUGAAAUAAGAUAAGCCGAAACAGAAGACACUUCAAAUUAUAAACAUUCUCUGCGAAUAUCAUAAUUUGCUGACAAAUUAUCAAAACUUUUCUUCUCGAAUGUCAAUAUUAUAAGAUUUUUGAUAAAAUUAACUUUACUUUCUGUUGAUAUUAGACUUUGUGCUGGUACUGAUCCGGCUUAGUUCAGACAUUCAUAAAUAAAAUUGUGAAUGAAAUUAGAAAAAUAAAAUUGUGAAUUGAAAAAUGUAAUUUUCUAAAUAAAAAAAAUAUUUCUAUUAUCUAUCAAAGUAAUGAUUUCCUAUUAAAUUCAAUCAGUUUAUUUAUAAUAAUUCGAAAAAACAUAAACACAAUAAAAUGAGAAAAUUCGUUUCAAGGUUUCCGAUUUUUUACUGAGGCAACAUUUUUGCUUUCGUAUUUGCAACUCCCAAAAUAUUUGAAAUUGCUUUAUUGGAAAUUUUUGUGGUAUAUUCUUAUGGUGCCUAUAUACUAGAUUCAAUUUUCAUUAAAAACUGUCUUGUAAAAAAAAAAGAAAUUGACGUUUCUGUCCACAAUGUUAAGGGAAAUUUUCUUUUAAAAAGCAAUUUUUUGAAAUUUCUCCUAGCGGGUAGAGGCAUGGUUAAUAUAUUUGUCAAUUUAGUCAAUAAAAAAUUGACUUUUUGUGCUUGUAACUCAAGAAACCAUCUUAAGUAACUUAUAACCGAUAUUUUUCAGGUUAUGCGUACUGAAAUCCAAAUUAAUUUUCAAAUUGAUACAAAGCAAUUUUCAAGAUUUUCGUUUUCUAAAUAUUUUGAGUUACUCUUUCAAAAAUUUCUAUUCUUAAAUUUUUUUAUACAUUCUUAAAUUUUGGAUACACCGAAAUUCUUAAAUUUCCUUGAUCUCUUGAUCUCAAUCUGAAUUUCAAAAUUGAAGCUAUAAAUUCAACAAAAAAAAAUGUAAAGAGAAUAACAAAAAAAAGAAGACAAACAAAAAUUAAUUUACAAGAUUUAGUAAACUUAAUUGUUGUUUUAAUGUUUUUGUAGAAGAAACUCAUGACAAAAAGAGUGAAAGAGAAUGCGUCUCCUGGUGACAGGGGACUCAACUGGAUUUAUAAAUUAAAUAAAUUAUACAAUAUAAUAAUUUUUAGAUAUUUGUAGCCAUACAACAAAAAAAAACUUAGUAUAGUAAUAACUUAUACUAAAAGAAAAGAAAAAUGAAGAAAAAAAAAGAUAAUGACUAGCCACAUACAAUAAAUAAUUUUAGGUGAGAUGAGAGAAGAAAUCAUAUUAAUUCAUAAACAGGUAUCUGAUAUGUUUCCUCAUAUUAUUGGGCAUUAGAUAAUAACAAAAUACAACACAAUUUAGUGGGUGUAUUUGCAUAAUUUUAUUUUGUGAGUAGACUAUGUGUUUGACUUCUUUGUGAAGUCCCCAAAAAUAAUUAUGAAAGACGUAAUAAUUCUUUUUUUUUUUUUUGUAAAAGAAAUAGACAAUUUUGAAAGAAUCUCAAUUUAAUUCGAUAACAUUUUUCUACUGAUGAUUUUACUUAGGAGAAAAGGAAAUAUUAAAGAGAAUGCAUUAUUAAUUUUUUUAACAUGAAGAACCUGUUGUAAAUAGUAAUGGAGAAAUAUGGCAAAAAAUUCUAAUUGCAUUUACACUUAAACUGCUUACUUACUCAACAUGUGAACCUUUUCAUUACAAAACAAGACAUAGAUUCCUAGCAAAUAUUUAAAAAAAAAAGAAGUAUUUAGUUUUGAGAAAGAGAAAACAAAGGAAAAAUAACAAAAAUUGGAAGGGAUACAGUUUUUUAAUAGUACUGUAAAGUCUUCCUUCUCCACAGAAAAAAAUGAAAUAAAUAAAUAAAUAUUUACGUUAGUAUUUCGUCUGGAAAAUGGGUCAAUAUAAUAAAGAUCAUAGUGAAAAUCUAAUAAACAAUGCAUAAGUAUCUUAAUAUGAGAAGUAAAUCACAAAAGAUUAUAGGAAAAAAAAUACAAUGACAGAACAGUCACGUAAAACACGAUAGUGAAGAAGAAAAAGUAAUGAAAAAAAAUUUAUAUAAAGGAAACAUAAAAAUAUUUAAUAAACGUCCAAUUAUAGAUGAGAAAAAGAAAUAAAGAAAAAGCUUCAUCCACAGACAUUACAUACAAUGGAGAGAGUAAUGUAACAAAAAAAAGAAAAAAAAACAACAAAAUAAUAAAUUGCAAAAUUUGAAAUAGCAAGUAUUUUUAAAUAUUCUCAGCUGAUUGACUUUACUAAUAAAUUUUAACACGUGAGAAAUCCUUAAAUCUAGCGAAAGUACACUUUCACAAUUUAAAUUCUUCUUCCUCAAUUUAUUUCUUCAACUUCUCUAAAUCUGUUUUCAUAAAUUACUUCAAAAUGUAGGAGUUUGUGUAAAUUGAGAUUUUGGAAUAGAUGAGCAAAUAUUUUUCUUUAAUUUCCUUUUAUUAGAAACACUGGCUUAUGUUGAAAACAAAAAAAAACAAUGUUGAGAAAAUUUAGAAUACCUCAAUAUUUCUUUUUUUUUUAAUUUGAAACUUACUACUUUUAAUGAUACAGUAAUUCUUAUUAUAAAUUUACAAGUUUAAGGAAAAGAUGAAGGAAGUCAUAAAAAAAUACUUGAGAUUGUAUGUGAAUAAAUAAAAGAAUGAAAACUUGAUGAAAAUAUUCUUAAGAUUUCAGUAGAACAA